GUAACUUUGUAUAGUAUCAGAGUAACGUCAGUGUUGAGUUCUUCUUCUGUGACUCUUGGAUGUGUGUCAGAUGUCCGGGUUUCAGGAUCUUAAAGAUUUCUUCAGACGGCGGCUGCUCGCUGCGGUUAUCAGAGAUAUAUCAGAAACAACAACAUGUGGAUACGAAGAGGAGCUCCACCGACAAAGAAAAGUGCUGGAUGUGAUUUUAACACCUGAAAUCAAGCUGCAGAGAGCAGAUGUCCAGCAGCUGUUGGUGAGUAAAGAAGAGCUUCCACCUGAGCAGCAGGAGUGGAGCCACAUUCUGGACCAGGAGGACACUAAGCCCCAACACAUCAAAGAAGAACAUGAGGAACUGUGGAUCAGUCAGGAGGAAGAACAGCUUCAAGGACUGGAGGAGGCUGAUACCACCAAGUUCCCCUUCACUCCUGUCUCUGUGAAGAGUGAAGAUGAUGAAGAGAAACCUCAGUCCUCACAGCUUCAUCAGAGACAAACUGAACAGAUGGAAACAGGAGCUGAUGGAGAGGACUGUGGAGGAGCAGAACCAGAGAGGGACUCAGAUCCAGAGAGACGUUUACAACCAGAGACUGAGGUCGAGACUGGAGACUCUGAUGAAGCUGAGACUGAUGACAGUGAUGACUGGCAAGAGACAAGAGAAGAUAUGUCAGAAUUAAACUUAAAAAAUAAGAAACUAAAGACUGGUAAGAGAGCGCAUAGGUGCUCUGAGUGUGGUAAAAGAUUUAACCAAAAAGGGCAUCUGACCAGUCACAUGAUGAUUCACACAGGAGAGAAACCCUUCAGCUGCUCUGAGUGUGGUAAAAGGUUUAGUUCUAAGGGAAGUCUGACUAGACACAUGAUGAUUCACAGAGAGAAACGCUACAGCUGUUCUCAGUGUGAGAAAAGAUUUACCCGUAAGGCUGGUUUGACAGAUCACAUGGCAAUUCACAGAGGGGAGAAACCCUUCAGCUGCCUUGAGUGCGGUAAAAGAUUUAACCAGAAAAAGGUUCUGACCAGACACAUGUUAGUUCAUACAGGAAAGAACCACUCCAGCUGCCUUGAGUGUGGUAAAAGUUUUCUCCUAAGAGAGGGUCUGACCAGACACAUGUUAGUUCACACAGGAGAGAAACCCUACAGCUGCUCUCAAUGUGAGAAAAGGUUUACUGAUAAGUCUAGUUUGACAUAUCACAUGGCAAUUCACAGUGGGGAGAAAUCCUUCAGUUGCUCUGAGUGUGGUAAAAGAUUCAACCGAAAAGAUCUUGUGACCCAACACAUGUUAGUUCAUACAGGAGAGAAACCCUUCGGCUGCUCUGAGUGUGGUAAAAGGUUUAAUUCUAAGAUAAAUUUGGCCACACACAUGAUGAUUCACACUGGAGAGAAAUGCUAAUCCAGUGCAAUGGUAAAAGUGAUCCAAAGAAAUACAAGUUAACAACAUCACUAAUGUGUAUUCAUAAGUAUGUAUUGACUAACAGAUGUAUAACUGCUGUUAUAAAGGGAUAUAAGACAAUUCUAUUCACAGAAAUCUGUCUCUACUUUUUUGACAUUGAUGUUUUGUUGCUGACAUAUGAACCAGUAAGUUGUGAGCAGCUAUGAUGUUUGAAUUUAAAGGGUUUAUAUCAAACAGUUACAGUGUAAGGAUCCUUCUCUCCUGAUAUCUUCUUUCUGUCACUCUGUUUCCUUUGAGGCCUCUGUGUUGGGUAGCACAAGUUCUUCAGGCAGCUCAUGUGUAACCUUGUAAUAAAUAAACUGAUGUAGAGUGAGAAA